AUGUUUCAAGCCUGCUUUUCCAAGUCCAACUGGACAGUCAAGUAUGACCCAGUCCUCAAAUCCAACUACUACUAUAAUUCAGCUAAUGGCGAAGUUCAAUUCGACAAUCCCAAUGAGGUCAAGGCCAGUUCUUAUUCUAUGAUCAGAACAAACAGCUCGAAGUCCUCUAAGUCCUUAAAGUCUUCCAAAUCUUCCAAGUCCUCAAGAUUCUCAAUUACAAGAUCAUUCUCAAAUCCGGGGUGUAAAGAAAAUCUCAAAAAGCGUUCAGGCCUCAAUUCAAAAUUUGCAAAACUCUUAUCAAAAUUGGCCUUUCAUUCUUCUAAUAGCUUGAAUUCGCAUCCAAAUAAUGUAUCUCAAAUAAAGGACACAAACCAGCCAGAUGUUCCGGUCUCAAUUUCAAAUGAAAUCAAUGCAAUAACCGACAAUUACAAUAAUGACCACUAUAAUAACAAUAAUUACAUUUACAAUAACCCAAAUGAUUCAAAUAUAUCCUUUGCAUCAUAUCUCUCAUCCAUACAUUCAAAUGAUAAUAUUUCAAUGACCUCAAAUGCAAAGCUCUUUUAUCAUUAUUCACCAUCUCAAAAUCAUACUUCCUCAAAUUCUUUUCAAGAUUUUGAUAAUUAUGACGAUAUUGAUAACAUAAAACAAUCUCUAAAUGUUUAUUUUACAAAUCAAUUUCAACAUAAACUUAGCAAUGAUUACCAAAGAGAUAAUAUUGAUGAUGAAGAUAGCUCAAUAGAUUAUCUAUAUGAUGAUAACAAUAAUAGUAAUAUUUAUAACGAUGAUAUUGAAACAAGUGACUCAAACAGUAUAUCAACUAAUAUAAUGUCCCAAAACUAUCAUUUUAAUGAUAAUUUACCUCAAAAGCAAGCCUUUUUUACAAUUGAAGAUAAUUCUCAACUAAAUUCUCAAAAUUAUUACUAUUAA